AUGACAACCGAACGUUGGGCUCAGAGUCUUCGGUUAUUAAUAGUUGUUAUUUCAACGCAAGUUUCAGUAGAUGGGCCUCUUUUGGCUAUAUCAGAUAACAUGUUCGUACACAAUAAUUCCAAACAUGGUAGAAGAGCGAAAAGACUGGAUCCCACAGAAGGUCAAUUUCCAGGACUCUAUCCUCCUCUACCUGUAGCUACGCCCUGUAUAAAAGCCAUCAGUCCUAGUGAGGGAUGGACGGCUGGUGGAUCAACAGUAAUUAUUGUAGGCGACAAUUUUUUCGAUGGGCUACAAGUGGUGUUUGGUACCAUGCUCGUCUGGAGCGAGUUGAUAACCCCUCAUGCAAUAAGGGUGCAAACACCUCCAAGACACAUACCAGGAGUAGUGGAAGUAACGUUAUCUUAUAAAUCUAAACAAUUUUGUAAAGGAGCACCGGGCAGAUUUGUUUAUGUUUCUCUAAACGAACCAACAAUUGACUAUGGCUUCCAAAGGCUGCAGAAACUGAUACCUAGACAUCCAGGUGAUCCUGAAAAACUACCAAAAGAAAUAAUUCUUAAAAGAGCAGCAGAUCUAGCAGAAGCCUUAUACUCGAUGCCAAGAAAUAAUCAGCUAUCAUUGUCAGCACCAAGAUCACCCACGAUGGGCAACAACGGAAUGUCAACGUCAUUCAACGCGUACACCGGCCAACUGGCUGUAAGUGUACAGGACACUGGAAACGGUCAGUGGACGGAAGAUGAGUACGCCAGGACUCAGAGCAGCAGCGUGAGUCCACGCGGGGGAGGCUAUUGUUCCAAUACGUCCACGCCGCAUUCUUCCAAUGGAGGGUCUUACGGAGGCGGAGGAAGCCAGAUGAAUGGGUACGGAGGGGCUACACCUACAAGUACUAUGGGGAACAUGUUACCUGGUAGUCCGUCUGGAAGCCUGUUCAACUCGGCACCAAGAAUGUCUCUUGUCUCGUCUCCCUUUGCUUCCAUGAACCCCUUCGCUCUACCCACCUGUAAUGCUCAGUCCUACGGUUCAGCAGCCCUCGUAGGUCCGACAAAAUAGCCCGAAAUUGACGACACGGACGUCAAUAAUACUCUCUAAAUUUUAUAAUAAUUCAAAUUCAGGACCUUAUAUUAUGUUCCGGAUUAUUUAGUGCAAUUUUAUCCUAUAAGUUUGCCAAAGACUAUUCUAGGACCAGACUUGAAAAUAAUUUGUUACCAGUCAGAUUUUUUUAAUUGGCGAUAAAUCAACUCAAUCAUAAAGAUGUCGUGUAAAACUAGGUAGGUACUAUCAAUCUGUGAUCGUAUUAUACUUAUGAGAAAAUUGAAAAUAAUUACUUAAUGUACCUACUUAUACAGGUAAAAUUUGGAAAUUUAUCAUCCUGUAUAUUAUUAUACAUGAAUACACAAAUCUUUUUCUUAAGCAUAAUAAAUUACUUGGCACACUUUUCAACAUAUCUUACCAAACGAAAAAAAAAAAACACACACACAAAAAGUAUACAUAUCGCUUAAAGCUGGGAUUCUAAAAAUUAGAUUAUAAAAAUAAUUAUUCAAGUAGACAACAUUGUAAAUAGUGUAUAGUUUUAGACUGGUAUCUCUAGUGUAUUUUCUAAUUAUUAUUGUACAAAAGAUAUUGAUUAUAGAGAAAUCUUAUAGGGUUUAAGAACAACGACUUUGCAUAUUUUCUAAAACUAUCAUAUCAUUGUGAAAUUUCUUCAGCAGAGUAAUUUGGUUGUCAUACAUAAAUUUAAAUUAGGAAUGAUUUGUAUGUUAAAAUUAUAUAAAGAAGGCCAAAGAAUGCCUUUUUCAUACUCUGCAAUUAUUAUUAUUCUUCUAAAUUAAUUUUUUGUGAAUGAGAAAUAUAUUAAGGUAUACGAAUCAAAUCGAAGAAACAUUAAAUAAUGUAAGGAAACCCACACGUAUUUUUUCACUUUGUAUAUUUUACUGUUUUGUAUAAAGCAAUUCCUAUCUAUGAUUUGUAAAUAAUAGUGUAUCUUUGCC